GCUUCCAGAGGCUCCUCGCUUUUGUCCUGGAGCUUUAUGGCUGUCGUGUCUUCUCCCGGACUGGGGUGGGUGAGAAAGGAGAACGCCCCAGGUUGUGGGAAUCUUUUAUUUCACUGCCUGCUUUACCGAGGACUGAUCUGGAUCCAAAAGACUGUGCAGUUCCUCUGUCACGGGCGGAGCAGUUACCAUGCAAAGCGUGAAGUGUCCGGAUGGGAAACUUCCUAUGGUGUGUUGAUAAAAAUUUGUUAGACCUGCAGUGAGAGAUUUAUUGGAAGAAAAACCACGACUGAAGACGAGGGAACAGCAACAAGUGAACCAGCCCGAGGAUUGAGAGCACCGACUGGAGAGAACCCAUCUGACUCGGAGAUUCCACGGAUUCAGUCAGGAGAAAGUUGGUUAAAAACAAGAAGGAAUUUGUCUUCAGGAAGUUCAAACAUGGCACACCAGUUUGGUUGUUUCUGUCCAGAAAUUUAAGAAGUGGAGCAAGGGAUUCACUCGAUCAUCCUUCCUGCUCAGACUGUGGGGAGCGAUUCACUCGAUCAUCCUUCCUGCUCAGACUGUGGGGAGGGAUUCACUCGAUCAUCCUUCCCAUUCAGACUGUGGGGGGGGGAUUCAAUCGAUCAUCCUUCCUGCUCAGACUGUGGGGAGGGAUUCGCUCGGUCAUUUUACCAACUGGCAACCCAUCAUUUUACACAGGAGAAAGUCUGUUCACCUGCUCAAACAGUGGGAAUGGAUUCACUCAGUUAUCACAAUUGAAUGUACAUCAGCACGUUCACACUGGGCAAGGCCAUUCACCUGUUCUGUGUGUGAGAAGGGAUUCAGUCAGUCUUCCCACCUGUGGACACACCAGUCAGUUCACACCACACUGGGCAGAGGCUGGUGAUCUGCUGAAUAUCUGGGAAAGGAUUCACUCAGUCAUCUGACCUAAUGGCACACCAGCGUGUUCACACUGGGGAGAGGCUGUUAACCUGCUCUGAGUGUGGAAAGGGAUUCACUCGGUCAUCCAUCUUACUGGUACAUCAGCGAGUUCACACUGGGGAGAAGCCGUACACCUGCUCAGAAUGUGGGAAAGGAUUCACUGAGUCAUACACCUUACUGGUACAUCAGCGAGUUCAUACUGGGAAGAAGCCGUUCACCUGCUCAGAAUGUGGGAAGAGAUUCGCUCACUCUUCCAACCUACAUAGUCAUCAGCGAGUUCACACUGGGGAGAAGCCGUUCACCUGCUCAGUCUGUGGGAAGACAUUCACUCGGUUAGCUAACCUACAGAGACAUCAGCAAGUUCACACUGGGGAGAAGCCGUUCACCUGCUCGGUCUGUGGGAAAGGAUUCACUCAGUCAUCCCAAAUACUGGAACACAAGUCAGUUCAUAGUGGGGAGUGGCCAUUGUUAUGAAUCCCUAGGUUUCAUUUGAUAUGGACUGUCAUUUUAAGAGAGAUUCAGAAGGUGAAUCAGUCUGACUCGCAGCUUGUUUAGUUUUAACUGAGGACACAGACACUCAGAGUCAGACAGAGGCGAAGGAGGAAAAAUGGAAGGAUUGAAACCAGGGAACUAGUGGCCAAGGGUCACUGUUUGGAACUUUCCUUUGCCCACAAGGGUGGGUUAAUUAUCCAUUCACUGUACAUCGAAUGUGUGGUUGUCACCUCAUUUAACCCAUAGGAGUGGAUCUGAUUUGGGGUAUCCUGCAGAGACCACUUAUGUGUUAACCCUUGCCUGGGUGUGAUGUGGUUAUUCAUUUGAAGAUGAUACCCCUCAUGACAAGUCACUUUCGGUGAUAAUUCGUAUGUAGAUUUGUAAAGAUGACGGAUAAAAUCUACAGCUACUGUUCUCUCAUUUUAACACUGUGGAACCUGUAGAACAGACAGGCAGACUGAUCCUGAGGGAAAUCGAGUUUUGUUACAGCCACACCAACCAAGAAUAGUGUAGAAAUAUAGCAAUAUAAAACCAUCAAUAAUUAAAUAAUAAUAAUUUAAUCUUUGCAAGUGGAAAUAAGUCCAGGAGCAGCCUAUUGGCUCAGUGUGUCUGACACUCCGAGGGAAGAUUAGAAAAGUUUGAUGGCCAUAGGCAGGAAUGACUUCCUGUAACACUCAGUGUUACAUCUCGGUGGAAUGAGUCUCACGCUGAAUGUUAUAUUGUUAAAGCAUGAUGAUGAAAUUGAACAUCCAGUAGCUUAUUUCUCAAAGAAAUUUAAUGCGCAUUAGAAAAAUUAUGCCACCGUUGAGAAAGAGCUGCCAGCAUUGCAAUACUUCGCUGACUACAAAUGUCCUGCGCAGAAGCCACUUGUGGUUUACACGGACCAUAAUCCAUCAGUGUUUCUGGGUAAAAUGAAUGAUAAGAAUAGAAGGUUGCUGAACUGGAGUCUGUGAUCUUGGAAGAUUUUGACUUGGAAAUAAAACA